GUUUUUGCGUUUUGUUUGCGUAGAAAAAAAAAGUCCGAGCUCGGAGAAAGAACCAAGAGCUGCGGGAUCGCAAUACCGUAAUACCGAACCCUGCUGGCACCGCCGGUACUGAGCCCCACGGGCGCUGACAUGGAGGGGCCAAGUGACAAGAAAAGAAUCAGUUCGGAGCGGCGGAAGGAGAAAUCCCGAGAUGCUGCAAGAUGUCGGAGAAGUAAAGAGUCGGAGGUAUUUUAUGAACUCUCUCAUGAGCUGCCUCUGCCACCCAAUGUGAGCUUCCACCUUGAUAAAGCCUCUAUUAUGAGGCUGACCAUCAGCUACCUGCGUAUGCGGAGGCUUCUUGAAGUCGGUGACUUAAAUGAAGAGUCUGAGCUCGAUAGCCAGCUAAACGGCUUCUAUUUAAAUGCUCUGGAAGGCUUCGUUUUGGUCCUCACAGAGGAAGGAGAUAUGGUUUAUCUGUCGGAAAAUGUCAACAAGUGCAUGGGACUCACACAGUUUGAGCUGACGGGGCACAGCGUGUUUGAUUUCACUCACCCGUGUGAUCAUGAGGAGCUACGAGAAAUGCUGACGCACAGAAGCGGCUCAGCAAAAAAGGGUAAAGAACAAAUCACAGAAAGGAGCUUCUUCUUGCGUAUGAAGUGCACACUGACAAGUCGAGGAAGGACCGUAAAUAUUAAGUCGGCAACAUGGAAGGUUCUUCACUGCACAGGGCACAUGCGGGUGUACGACUGCAAUAAUCAGAAUAAUUCUGGGUACAAAAAGCCUCCAAUGACGUGUAUGGUGCUGAUAUGCGAACCCAUUCCUCAUCCGUCUAACAUCGAGUUUCCUCUGGACAGCAAAACCUUCCUCAGUCGCCAUAGCCUUGAUAUGAGGUUCUCCUACUGUGAUGAAAGAGUCACAGAGUUAGUGGGAUAUGAGCCAGAUGAACUUUUGGGCCGUUCGGUUUAUGAAUAUUAUCAUGCCCUGGACUCCAAUUACCUGACCAAAGCUCAUCACGACAUGUUCACCAAAGGUCAGGUGACUACGGGACAAUACCGAAUGCUUGCCAAGAAAGGUGGCUUUGUCUGGGUUGAAACACAAGCCACAGUUAUAUACAAUACAAAAAACUCUCAGCCCCAGUGCAUUGUGUGUGUGAAUUACGUUCUCAGCGGCAUUGAGGAGAAGCAGAUAAUCUUAUCCCUUGGGCAGACUGAGAGUGUCCUGAAACCAGCCGAGUCUUCUGAUAUGAAGAUGCCGACGUUCUUCACAAAGCUGGAUUCAGAAGAUGAUUCAGGCAGCUUGUUUGAACAGAUGAAGACGGAACCAGAGUCCUUAUUGGAACUUGCACCAGAUGCUGGAGACGAAAUCAUUUCAUUGGAUUUUGGCACCAGUGAAUCUGAACAGUCGUUUGAAGUUCAAUUGUACAAUGAUGUCAUGCUUCACCCAUCAAACGAGAAGCUGGAAAGCAUUGAAGUGUCCCCCCUUCCCACCUCUGAGAAGCCAAAACCUCUGCGCAGUGAUGCAGAUCCUGCCCUCAACAGGGAAGUGGUGAUUAAACUGGAGUCGAGCAAAGAGCCGCUGGCGCUCGCUUUUACCAUUCCACAACUUUCUAAACCAGAUAGCCCAUCGGACAUUAGCACCAGCCAAAGUUCUACAGAGCCUGGUUCUCCCGCCGACUAUUCCUAUAACGUUGAUCACGAUAUCGCAGGGGAAUUCAAAAUGGACUUGGUGGAAAAACUUUUUGCAAUAGACACAGAAGCUAAAGCACCAUUUUCUACUCAGGAAACGGACUUGGAUUUGGAAAUGUUGGCGCCAUACAUACCUAUGGAUGACGACUUCCAGCUACGUUCCUUUGAUCAGCUUGCAUCGUUAGAGACAGAAUCUGAAAACGCCCAGACUAUGGGAAGCAUGAGCAAUCUGUUCCAGCCGUCCCAGGCACCACCGGCCAGUGACUUUAUGCCAUUAAUUACAGAAACCAUGAGUGAUGCAAAAUCCAUAAUUGUACAGUCACCUCUUCACAUGAUGAAAGAAGUCAUCAGUGCCCCAGCGUCCCCUUUUAAUGGCAACAGAAGUCGCACAAGCUCGCCAGUGAGAACAGGCAUGACUGCAUUAGAAAAACCUGAGAGGUCCCGACCUGGAACUCCAAACCUGGCGUCUCCUUUAAGUAAAAGAUCUACAGUUGUGGAUGAAGAAUUAAACCCCAAGUUAAUAGCUUUACACAACUCCCAAAGAAAGCGCAAGAUGGAUAACGAUGGCUCGCUGUUUCAAGCAGUAGGAAUUGGAACAUUAUUCCAAACAAAUGUGGAUCCAGGACCGAACUCUUCACUGCUAUGGAAGCGAGUAAAGGGAAGCGAGUCAGAAAGGCUAAGUUUAGCAGAGCAGAGGACGAUUCUAUUGUUGUCAACAGAUAUGGGGAGUCGAUUGAUUGGGCAGUCAUUGGUGGGCAGCGGACUUCCUCAGCUGACUGGGUAUGACUGCGAAGUGAAUGCUCCCAUUCAAGGAAGCAGACAUUUGCUACAGGGCGAAGAACUCCUAAAGGCCCUCGAUCAAGCCAACUGAUCUUUUUAUUUGUUCAUAUUUUGGACACUGGUGGACCCUCCUCACCCAAAGCAGUGUAUUUAUAUUUUUUAGAUCUGAUAUUAGAAUCCUGUGUACAAUACUGCACUACUUCAGUAAGCCCAGUAUCGGUCCCAUUUCACCGGUUGUCACAUAGUUGCUCCAGCAGCAUCUAUCCAAAUUCAUAUUCUCCAUAACUAUAUAUACGCCAAUUCCUCUCCAAAGUGUGCAGCAUCUAUUUCUUUGUUUAGGGUAUGUCACAGCGUAUAGCUACUUAACACCUUGAUUGCAAGAGACUGCUGCAAUCCAUCGUCGAGUAACGUGUUGUGGCCUCCCUCCGGCAACCAAGGAGUUAAUCAUAAGGUCCAGUCUCGCCAUGUGAAAAAUGGUCUUUGUGAUUCCAUUGGAUAUUAUGUAGUUCAUCAAUGUCGCAAAGUAAUUACAUUCUGUUUUUUCUCGCACAAUAAACAAUGCUAAGUCAACGUUGCAUUGUCACAGUCGCACAAUAUAUUUUCUUAAGAAAACAAAAAAAUACCAGCAGUUCUUCAUGCAAUAUAUUAUGCAUUUUUAAAAACUAGUUUAAAUGUUUUUUUGUCUUUUUUUGUGUUUUUAGUUAUCGCAUCAAAUCAUGUAAGGUCUAAAUUGAUAUAAUUGUUAGAUAUAUUGUGAUGUAACUGAUAACACAAAGUUCUAGCUACUGCAGAUUUUAAACCUGAAUUAGUUACAGUUGGUUUUAAGAUUGAUCUUAACUGGAAUGACUAGAAUAAUUUAGUAUGAAAUUCUCUUUUUAGAAAGAGAAAAUGUUAACCCUUUGUGGCCAGAGAGGGUCGCUGUCUGGUAACAAAGGGUUAAGUGUGUAGAGACUGUAAAACAGCGAACAAAUCCCUGCUUGUGGUUGUUGUCAUCAUGCUGAUUUUGUAACAGAUCUGUAAAAUACUGUUCUGUUUACCCUGUGGGAUAUAGACAUCCAGCUGUUGCUAGCAGAUUUGCAUAGUACACAGAGUUGCUUGGUAUCUGAUUUCAUGCACUUUUUUCCCGCUAUUAACAUCUUUAUUUUUUCAUAUAAUGUUCAAUUCCUCUUUUGAAAAAAAACAAAACUUUUUUUAAUUUUAUUUUAGAGUAAAAUAGUUGUAUCUUCAAACAUCUGUUCAGUGUGAUCGUACUUUGCAAAAUGUGCAGACUGUUGUGUUUUUUUUUUUUCUCCAUUCUUUUUUGCUGUUUGUGGUUGGACCCGAACACUAAAUGUAUUGUUUUAUAACAUCAAUAAACAAUAUAUGGGGAAAGACCACACGUUGUA